AAGUUUUAAAGAAGGACGCCAAUAAAAUAAUCGUUAAUCGUAAUUAAAGGGCUUGGAAGGACGGCAUGUCGGUAUAAUUUUUUUUAAAAAAUAAUAAUUAUGUUUCGCAAAAUAACCCGAGGACGAGAUCGGAUCUCUCUCUCUCUCUGCGUCCCUCCAUCGUACCCUCCCCCUACGCCGCUUUGAAUCGGCCAGCGGUCCAAAUACUUCGAUUUGGUCGAGUCGGUGGGUCUUCGAUCGAGGGCCAGCUCUGGUUUUCUCGAUCCAGAUCUAUUGUUGGAGCUUGAUUCUUUGCUCUGGUGCUGUUCAAUCGAGCAGCAGCAGUGGACUCAGCUCGCUGCAGCUAGCGAAAAUGUUAUUGUGAGUGGAUUUGGAUUGUUCUUAGUCUUUAUAUAGAGUUUGGGAUGGGUUGUCGAGUGUCCAAGUUGACGUGCUGUUGGGGUUCUCGGUACAAGGGGACGGUUCUUGAAGCUCCCGAUGUUGAGACUGAGGAGAAGGGAGAGACGUAUGACCUGCCUCCCUUCCAGGAGUUUUCUUUUGAGCAGCUUAGGUUGGCCACUUCUGGUUUUGCUGUGGAGAACAUCGUUUCGGAGCAUGGGGAGAAGGCCCCGAAUGUUGUUUACAAGGGGAAGCUGGAUGCGCAGAGGAGGAUUGCGGUGAAGAGGUUUAAUAGGUCCGCAUGGCCUGAUCCCCGACAGUUCUUGGAAGAAGCAAAGGCUGUAGGUCAGCUUCGAAACCAUAGAUUGGCAAAUUUGCUUGGCUGUUGUUGUGAAGGUAAUGAGAGGCUGCUCGUGGCAGAGUUUAUGCCCAAUGAUACACUUGCAAAACAUCUUUUUCAUUGGGAAACACAACCUAUGAAAUGGCCAAUGCGAUUAAGGGUUGUACUCUAUCUAGCUGAAGCCUUGGAAUAUUGCACUAGUAAGGGGCGUGCUCUCUAUCAUGAUCUUAAUGCCUAUAGAGUUUUAUUUGAUGAUGAUUGUAGUCCUAGGCUUUCAUGUUUUGGCUUGAUGAAGAACAGUCGUGAUGGCAAAAGUUAUAGCACGAAUUUGGCAUUUACCCCUCCUGAGUAUUUAAGAACUGGAAGAGUUACACCAGAAAGCGUCAUAUAUAGCUUUGGUACGUUGUUGCUUGAUGUUCUUAGUGGAAAGCACAUCCCUCCUAGUCAUGCCCUUGACUUGAUACGAGAUCGUAACUUCAACAUGCUGACGGACUCAUGUUUAGAAGGUCAAUUUUCAAAUGAGGAUGGGACUGAAUUAGUACGUUUAGCUUCAAGAUGUUUGCAGUAUGAGCAACGUGAGAGGCCUAAUGCAAAGUCGUUAGUUCUUGCAUUGACUCCACUUCAAAAGGAGACCGAGGUUCCUUCUUAUGUUCUGAUGGACAUGCCACGUGGUGGUGCAUCCUCAUUGGAGGCGCUCUCUCUUUCCCCACUUGGUGAAGCUUGCUCUAGAAUGGAUUUGACUGCAAUACAUGAAAUCCUAGAAAAGAUUGGGUAUAAAGAUGAUGAGGGAACAACAAAUGAGCUUUCAUUUCAGAUGUGGACCAAUCAAAUGCAAGAAACAUUGAACUCAAAGAAGAAGGGUGAUACUGCUUUUAGGCAUAAAGAUUUCAAUACAGCAAUUGAAUGCUACACCCAGUUCAUUGAUGUUGGAACUAUGGUUUCUCCAACAAUUUUUGCACGGCGCUGCCUGUCGUACCUGAUUUGUGACAUGCCACAGCAAGCUCUUAGUGAUGCAAUGCAGGCCCUAGUCACAUCUCCAACUUGGCCAACUGCAUUUUAUCUUCAGGCUGCUGCCCUUUUUGCCCUUGGAAUGGAAAAUGAAGCUCGAGAAGCACUGAAAGAUGGGUCAUCCCUAGAAAAAAAGAAGGAUGGGGGGCACUAAAGACAGGCUAAAUUGACUGAUGGUAGGGUGAUGAAUGCUUGAAUUUUCAGGUAUUAUCCCCUGUAAAAAUAUUAAAUUUUGAGCAAAAGAUAUAACCCAUCUUCAAGUUUCUGAAAAUAUCAAGGAAUACCGGACGGUUGAUUUAAUGAUUUUUAAGGGGCUUGCUGUUUCAGGUUUAGGCACAUACAAGACAACAAUCUUUGUUAAGCAGGUUUUGUUCAUUUGCCAUGUGGAUAGCAUGCUUCAUAACCCCCUGCUGCUGUACUCCAAACCUCUCCAUAUGCAUCAUGCAUGUAUAUAUGGAAGCAACAGCCAGCAUAGUGCCCCCGAAAGAAUUUGCAAACUGAUUCUGUCUGACAAGGAUUAUGGGAAAGCUUGAUCCUUCAUCCCUAGAUAGAAGUUCUGUACUGUUUUUUUCCUCCGAAGGCAUGCGUUGUAAAUCUCCAUCUUGCUGGUAAACAUGUAAUUGUGCACAGCAGUGGAAUGAUUUAAAUUGUCAGUGUGGCUCUUUCAUCAUCCGUGUGUCCUUAUUGGAUUUUUUCCUGAAGAUUGUAUUUUUUUGUGGAAGAACAUUAGUUGAAAGGUUAUGUAUCCGGGAGUGAGUUUAAUGUGGUAAAGGGGAGAUUCUUUGGCUAUUGUUCUUAUGUUGUAUGCGUUGGAUUCCGAAAGACUACCGAGUUCCUCUCUC